AUGCGCCCUUUCUUAAAGAGCGUUCCUGGCACGGUGAUUGCAGCAAAGAAGGACCCCCUGGCCGACGUAUUCUUCUUUUGUACUCCAGGCACACCCCUGGAGGUUUCCAAGCGCCGGUUCAUGGGCCCCCUUGUGGACCUGCAGUUUGCCCUGUGGACCCUCCAGCUUGGCAUUGCAAUUUAUGGGACGUGGGUGGUUGCGGACGUGCGCCUGAGGCUGCCUGGCGAUGCCUGCUGGUUCAUCUACAACCGCAAGACUGCUGUCCACUUCCUGGUGUACUUCAUGUGGGUGCAUCUUGUGUACAACUGGGCUCGAAUUUUCAUCAUCUAUAACAUUUUCCCCACGUUUGAUAGCGUCCGGAGCUGGAGGAGGCGGCUGGCGUGUGUAGCAAUCAUCAUGCGCUCUCACGAAGCCUUGGCCAGCCUCGAGGAGCGCUUGGGGACCCGGCGAUUGCAUGAGAUCUCAGAGCUGUAUGCGGCCAUCAUCCGUGGUGUGGACCUGACACCCACAGAUCAGAUGGAUGCGCUCAUCCUGUUGAAUGGGCUGCAGCAGAUCAGACGCCUGACACACGUUGUUGACAAGCUCAAGGCCGCCCUGGGCAUUCCAGCAGAGGAAAGGCUGCCUCCAGAUCUGAAGCCAAUCCCGGAGCUGGCAAGGCAUCUCAACCAGCAACACAGGAACGACAGUACUCGUCAGCCUGACAGUCCUGAAGCAGCAUUUGAGUACGCUGAGUCCAUGGAGCAGGGUCGAGCGGCCAAUGCUGACACGCGGUUGCAAAGCUCCCUUGACACAGCACACUGCCUGACCCCCACAGGGCAUCAUGAAACUGUGCCGAGAGAAGAGCUGCGUGAUGCCAGCAACUUUGUGCGCUUUGCCAUGGCCGCCUACAGCACCCAGGCAUACACCUGGCAGGUGGGCAGCUACUGGAAGGGCAUGCUGCAGCUGCUGUUUGGGCGUCGGUGGCGGGCGUCGCGUGCGAAUCUGCUGAACAGGGACCACAUCCGCACAGUGGGCCAGCGCGUGCAGUAUGAGGCCAUCCUGCGCCUGGCCCAGAUCGACGACACCGACCUGCUGGAUGAGCCGCUGGGCACGCUGCCGUACAUCAUAGCGCUGGACAGGGUGAGCCGCUCUGUGGUGGUGGCCGUGCGCGGCACCUGGAGCCUGGCCGACUUUGUGACUGACAUUGUUGCGGUGCCCCACGAGGCCGACUGGUGGCUGCCACCCAGCCUGCAGCAGAAGCAGCAGCAGGGGCGGAUGGAAGGGGUGUACGCCCACUCAGGCGUGCUGUCCGCGGCAGCGACGAUCUGGAAGGACAUGGAGGAGCAUGGCAUCCUGUCAGUGCUGCUCAGUGGCAACAGAUCACUGGACCAGCCGUCAGGGCAGGACAUGCAGCAGCUGGGCGAGGGCGGUCAUGCCCGGGGGAAGUACGCGGCUGAAAUAGCCCGAAUGGGCCUGAAGGGGGAGGGGUGGAGGCUGGUGGUGACUGGCCACAGCUUGGGGGCGGGAGUGGCCGCACUGCUAUCCCUUAAAAUGCUGGAUCAGUACCCAAGGCUCAAGUGCUGGGCAUACUCCCCGCCCGGAGGCUUGGUCAGCCCCAACCUGUCGCCCAUCCUGGCCGGCUUCUGCUGCGGCGUGGCAGUCGCGAAGGACAGCAUGCCUCGGCUGACCCUGAAGAACCUGGACCGCCUCCUCGAUAAAAUGAUCGUCGCCCUUGCACGCAGCAACAUGCACACGCUCAGGCGCGAGUUCAUCCUGUCCUUCAAUGCACACCCGGGUAUUGAAAUUGUCCAGUUCAGCAGGAUACUGCUGGGCGCGUUGAGCAAGAAGCGGAGGAGGAAGCGGCUGAGGAAGCUGUUCAGGCCGCCUGACGAGGUCCCCGCAGAGGCGCUGCGCUUCCUGUUUCGGCGGCACAGCGCAGAAGUGGACCCGCGCAACUUCCGGGAGAUGUUGCCGCCCGGUCGCAUGCUCUUUGUGCGGCGCCUGAAGCGGCUGCGCAAAAUGAGGCGGCAUCGUGAGAAGUGGCAGAUCGAUUGGGACGCAGUCCAUGUUGCGCCAGAGGAGAUUGUGCGCGAGAUGCUGUCAGACCAUCGGCUGCACACUCUCAACGAGGCAAUCAAGAUGGCAGAAGGUGUCGAUCCAGACGAGUACACGCGUGCCAUCCAAGCUGCAAAGCUGCCAGAUCAACAGGAUCAGGGAGAUAGUCCUCCACCAGACACCAACCGCGAGCGCAUGGGAUAG